AUGGGGUUUCUUACUCCCUUUGUGCCCUACCAUGUAUCCGCUGGGUCGAAGACUAUUCGGAAAUUCGGUGGUCUCCUUACCGUUGAAUGGGUAGAGCCGCCCCCAGGCCGAAGCUUUAUGAUGCGUCAAACUUACCGACUGGACGUGGAAGGACCAAUCCCAGAAACGUUGCGAAAGCUCAUCGAUAGUCCCCAGCGGCCAGAUGGCCCUGCCAUGCAUUUCCACCGAUACCAGAACGAGUUCUUCCACGUCGAGCACGGUAUCUGUGUUGCUGAGGUUGAUGGUGUGACGCGUAACCUUACUCCAGAAGAUGGGGAGGUCUCUCUCCAAGCGAACCAUAUCCAUCGUUUCAGCAUUCAUCCCGAUUCCGGCGAAUUUAUGACAGUGCUGCUGAGUGGUACAGAUGCUGGGAUCGACAACCAGCUUGACAGACUUUUUUUUGAGAAUUGGUACGGAUAUUGGCAUGACGCACUGCUCUACGAAGGUGGUCUUGAUUUCAUUCAAAAGUUACAAAUGCUUGAUGCAGGUGGACACUAUACUCCAGCGCCAGCAUGGAUGCCCUGUCGGCUUUUCCUGGGCUACUGGACCAGUGUGGUUAUCGGUCGGUGGAUCGGGGGGUUGUUAGGAUACAAGCCAUUCUUCAAAGAAUACACGACUGAUUGGGAAUUUGCUGUCACAAAAAUGCAAAGUUCAUUUUGGACUCGGCGAUUGAUUGACAAUUUUUGGAACACGAGGGAGCGUUGGGAUAGAGAAGCAAAUCUUUCUGCUGGACCUAAGCCGACUAAUGCAGAGCUUCAAUACCUAAUUGAGGAUAUUACAGCAGCCACAAGAGCUGCUAAGGCUAAUGGUGUGGAUAAGGAUUUAGCUAAUGGUUCACAUGCUGAUGAGGAGCCUGUGACUGGUAUUUCUUCUGGGCUAAAAACAGAAACUGGUCAAGUUCGGAAACGCUAG